AUGGCCGCUCGCGCGCUGCUGGCGCUGCUGCUGCUGCUGCUGACCGUGUCGUGGUGCGCGCGCGCCUCCUCGAGCUGCCAGCUCGCGCACGACUGGCGGCCGCAGAGCGAGGCGUGCCGCGCGGAGCUGGCCGAGAUCAUCGUGUUCGCGCGCGUGCUCGCCGUGCACAAGGAGCAGCCGUACAGCGUCUACAACUACCUGCCCUGGCAGGACGACGCGGGGGGGCUUUUCUUCUCGGCCGAGAUCGAGCUGCUGUGCGACCAGGCGUGGGGCAGCAUGCUGGAGGUUCCCGCGGGCUCGCGCUUCAACGUCACCGGCUUGGGCUACUUCCCCUGCUACUCGUACAGCGUGGUGGAGAACAACAACUACUACUUCUUCCUGAGGAUGGAUGAAAACUACAGCAUUAUUCCUCAUGGAGUGAACUUCCAGGACCCCAUCUUCCCCGACACACCCGAGAACCACCGCAUGUUCGCCAGCCUCUUCCAGUUCUCCAACUGCACAGCCGGAACCCAGGUCCACAUGUACACUCCUGAGUGGGAGGCCCAAGAGGACAGCCGGCUCCUGUGCUCCACGGUGCAGAAAGCCCUGUUUGAGGAAGAGGAGAAGGUGAAAACUCUCGCCCAAAAGGUGAAGGUUCUCGAGAAAGCCAACAACCACCUGAAGGACAAAGUGAAGAACAUGAAGCGUCUGUUGAGGCAGGCCAAAAGAGAGCCCAAGGAACAGGUCCUCCUCAAGCAGCUUCAUGAGUCUGAACCAGAGGUUCCACAUCCAGACCAGGACACCACCCAGGACCAGAAACCUGCUCACAAGAAGGUCCUGCCCAGAAAGCUCAAGAACUAGGCACUGCUUCUUCACCAAGUACCGUAAUUACUGCCAGGGAGCCAUGAUGGCAGUAAGUACAUGAUGACUGUACAUAAGGAACGUUAGCGGGUCCUUGACAAAAGCUGAAGACUUAAAAAUAAAAGUUCUUAAGUGGUUCUUGGCUUGGAUGUAUGGCUCAAGGGGAAAAAAAGUAAAUUGGUAUAGAACCUUAAAAUUUUGUGGAGGUUUUUCAAACUUUUAAAAAGGUUCUUCAUACUUGCAAAACUUUCAAAAAUGGUUGUUUCCGUCCAUCCUUGGGUUCCUUAGGGCAGAGGUUCUCAGAGUUGCCAUCAGGGCCCAGUGAUGGUCCACAUUUGGGUUUGAGAACCACUGCUUUAGGGAACCAAAAGUAAUUCUUCUACAGCACUGCUCCAAAGAACCGUUUUUGGUACCUUUAUUUUUAGGAAUGUAGGUCUGUCCAUAUAUAAAAGUUAGACUCGAAUUUAAAUGGUUCUAAUACGGUGUGCAAUGGACUGAGUAGGUCUCAUCCUAGCAUUAAUCCACCCAGAGGACAGGCCUAGUGACCAGGCUAGUAUGCUUAUUUACUCACUUCAUGAAGAAGUGGUCAUGUAACAUCUCAGCAAGAAUAUUAAAAACUUAAAAUGUUUUAUCUUUUUUCCACAUAGCACACAUAUUAUCACAGCGCAACCACAAUACUGCACAUCAUUAUUGUCAUGAUUAUUUAGGAACACUUCACUGGAACCCUGCUACAUAAAACUGACAUAACCAUGUCAUAAACAGUCGUGAGUUGUCAUGAUAUAUUUUGUUCAGUAAUAAAAGUCAUGCUACCAUUACCGUUAACUGUCAUGACAGAUGUCAUAAUGUUUGCUUCUUAGCUGUCUAUAGUACACUUAGCAAAUAUUGACGUAAGCUGUCAUGACCUCAAACACUGUGGCAUCUGCCGUGAUAUUUAACAGUAAUGUUAUGACUAAUAUUAAGACAAUAUUUGGCGACGAAUAGAUAAUUUGACCUCAGUGUCAUGCUAGUCAGAAUUUGUCAUUCUAUGUUAUUGCAACCAUUUUAGUAGAUUGAAUGGUUAGAUCAUGGUCAGAGGCUAAUGGCUAGUCACAUGCAAUCAGGCGGCAGCUACACUCACCAAGCACUUUAUUUGGAACACUGUACUAAUACUGAGUUGGGCCUCCCUUUGCUCUCAAAACAGCCUCAAUUCUUCAUGGCAUGGAUUCCACAAGAUGUUGGAAACAUUCCUUUGAGAUUCUGGUCCAUGUUGACAUGAUUGUAUCAUGCCAUUCCUGCACAUUUUUGGGUGCACUUUCAUGCUGCAAAUCUCCUGUUCUACCACAUGCCAAAGGUGUUCUAUUGGAUUCAGAUCCGGUGACGGGGAAGGCCACUGAGGAACACUGAACUUAUUGUCAUGUCUAGGAAACCUGUUUGAAAUGAAUUUUGCUCUGUGACAUGGUACGUUGUCUUGCUGGAAAUAGCCAUUAAAAGAUGGGUAAAAUGUGGCCACAAAGCAUCCACAGGGUCAGCAAUUUAAAUAGGCUGUGGCAUUCAAGUGAUUGAUUGGUAUUAAUGGUCACAAAGUGUGCCAAGAAAAAAUUUCCCAGACCAUUUCACCACCUCCACCAGCCUGGACUGCUGACACAAGGAAAGCUGGGUCCAUGGAUUCAUGCUAUUGGUGCCAAAGUCUGACCCUACCAUCCGUGUGUCUCCAAAGAAAUCGCAAUUCAUCAGAACAGGCCACAUUUUUCCAGUCUUCAACUGUCCAAUUUUGGUGAGUCUGUGCCCAGUGCAGCCUCAGCUUUCUCUUCUUGGCUGACAGAAGCAGAACCCAAUGUGGUCUUCUGCUGUUGUAGCCCAUCCACCUCAAGGUUGUUUUCUUCUCUGCUUCUCUGCUCACCACAGUUGUCCAAAGUUGGAAUCUGAGUUACCGUAGUCUUUCUGUCAGCUCGACCCAGUUUGGCCAUUCUCCGUUACCAACAAGGCAUUUCCAUCUGCAGAACUGCCGCUAACUGGAUAUUUUUCUUUGUUUCACCAUUCCGGGUAAACUCUCUGGUGAAAAUCCCAGGAGAUCAGCAGUUAUUGAUAUACUCAGCCCCACCUGUGUGUCAUCAACAAUCAUGCCACAGUCAAAAUCACUGAGAUUACAUUUUUUCCCUGUUCUGAUGGUUGAUGUGAACAUUAGCUGAAGCUGCUGGCCCGUAUCUGCACGAUUUUAUGCACUGCACUGCUGCCACACAGUUGGCUGAUAAGAGAACUGCAUGAAUGAGUAGAUGUACAGGUGUUCCUAAUAAAGUGAUCGGUGAGUGUAUAACAUUAUUCACUGAGGACUGAGUGAUAGUAAUGCUAUUUUUUGCUGGCGCCCCUAUGUGAUUCAAGUAGUUUGUUAGCUCUCAGCUAACAGUGACUCGUUUGAAUUUCUUUUAACGGAUUUAAACAGGGACAUUUGAUGCUUGUAAAAGACAUUCCAAGGUUUAUUUGAAAAUAUAUUUUUAAUUGGGGCAGUUUUACAGUGACUUCUUUAGUAAAGAAUCCUGUUAUAGAGCUGCUGCCACUGAUUUCUAUUUCUAACAACUGACUGAGACACAUUGGUCAGGAUACCAUUCGUAUUCACAGUCAGUAAUGUGUCUAGGAUGUCCAGAGGGUCUAGAGUGUUUUUUUUUCCUUAUGAAAUUCACCCCAUCCUUUGAA